AUGGAGGCGGUAGGUGGCGCCGCAGCGGUGCUUCAACUUGUUGUCGCCUUGGGCAAAUCAGUGCAAGUCGCUACGAACACAUACAAUGACAUUCGGGGUUUCGACGAAAGCGUAAAAGAUUUCGAGACGCAACUCGCAGCCACAAAUGUACAUAUCGGUCUGCUUGACAAGUGCAUACGCAGUGGAAAUUUUGAAGAGCACAUCUGUCGCUUCGAGCAGAUCGAGGCCGUUCUUAUCAGUUGCGAGCGGUCAUACAUGCGGUUAUCCAGCAUUUUUGUCGAGAUCCAACGCGAAAGGUCUUUCGGUAGGUCCAUUAGGGGUUAUGUGUGCCACAAGCGUCACGCAUCCAAGAUACAGACCCUGAGAGACCAAAUUCAGAUCGGAAUGGGAACUCUCCAGCUUCCCGUGAUGGCAGACAUUAUAUAUAAAGCGGCAACUAGCCAGGGCCCCUCUUAUCCUGAUCCUCAAGUGUCUCGUCUUAUCCAAGACCUAGCUAGGCGAAUACACGAAGUAGAGCACUCGAACGCGCGGCAUUACUGGGAUAUGAUGGAAAGAGAUAUUGAGAGGCAGCAAUCCGCGAAUCGGAUGGCCCUCUUGUCAAGCAACAUUGAGACAAGAAUACAAGACUUGAAUACAGAGGUUGCAAUCCUCUUACACGAGCAGUCCAGAUAUCCGGUCAAACCAUUGUCUAAAAGGUUCGAGUUUAUACUUUCCGGGCUCAGAAAAGAAAUCAAAACAUUCUUCAACUUCCAAGAAGCCUACUCGUUGUCGCCCGAAAUCCUCCAGGACACAAUAUCUGAGCUAUUUGCAGAAAUCAAGGCUCAAUAUCAAACACCAAAAGCCGACCCCUUCAUGCCCGCAGAAUUCGACAAGGUCUUUUCUGAGUUGAAAACAAGGAUGAUAUUUCGAAUAGAAGCGCAAAAAGCUUCUUCGCUACCUCCUGAAAAAUUUGAGAAAGUCACUUCAGACUUGAAGGGUGUAAUCGACAUUCUAAUCAGGUCCCAACGAAAAUCAUCGUUGCCAUUGGAAAAUUCGGAGAUGAUUAUCUAUAGACUGAAAGAAGACCUUGCUGUCCUAUUAGAAGCUCAAAGGAUCUCCAUCUGCUGGCAAAAAAGCCUCGACGAGGUGGCUUUAGGAUUAAAAUCAAAGAUUGUGGUCCUUGACGACGUGCAAAAGGUUUCUUCGUUGCCCACAGAGCCGGCGGCUGACUUAGACCUAAUCAGCAGCUCUUUGAAGAAGGUUCAAAUAGACGUAUCGGAGCCAGUGAAAAGUCAGGAGUCCGAACCUAGCAAAGUCUUAAUGGAGUUGGAAGCUUGCGACAUGCACGUAGAGGCAGAAAUAAUGGAGGAGACACGAUCCAUUAUCAUGGCAACAAAGAGUGUUUCUGGGAGCCUUAGAAAGGCAGCCACGACUAUGGAAUCUAUGUCGACAUCUUCCAGAGCCACGCAUCAGGAGUCAAGCCUCGCAACUCUCCAACGCCAUAGAAAGGUUGGAAGAGCCAGUGCCGACUUUGGGGGCCUCCUGGGUGCUGAAUGGGCUUUCAAUCUCUCUCUCCAAGGAGGAAAGCGUGAGGAAAUCUCGAACUGGGCCGAUAAUAUUGUGUUGAAUGACUCGGAGUCAGGCCCUGAUGUCAUGUCCGACACUAGAAGCAUUUGGACAACCGCAGUCUCAAACGAGUCGUCACCAAUGUCGUCAGAUAAGAUGAGCAGCGAUUAUAGUUUGGCUGAAGAACUUCACCACCGUCGCGUGCAACUUGCCGAGACCAUGAUCAAGAAGCAGCAGUUCUCGCAGGCCAUUCCUCACCUAGUGCGAGUCCUUGAAACUAUCAGGGUCUCGGGAGAUAAUCACCAGAGUGAACAUAUUAUUCAGCUGCUAGCAAAAGCGUUGGGAGAGACUUGUGCUGCUCGCGGCGAAUUGGGUGGCCUGUGCGACAAAUUUCCCAGUCUUGAACAUCAUCUCGACAAACAACGGCUAAUUAAAGUUGAGAAUCUGCUUGCAGAGUCCAAGUUCGACAAGAUUGUUCGUUUCCUAGACCCUGAGAUCGGAGCAAGCAGCAAGGAACCUGUCCUAAACACAUCGAUCAGUGUCCAAUUGCACUUGUUACUUAGUAUUGCACUGGUUCGACUCAAAGAAGCUGAAAAGGCGUUACCUGUUUUAAACAGGAUUUUAGAGUUUCCUUCCCUUACUAUGACCCAAAAGGGUGACGUGCACCGCUAUUUUGCUGAGUCCUAUCAUUUGAAAGCGGAUUGGGCGAACACUAAGACUCAUGGCGCCAUCGCUGUUGAGUUGAAUAUGAACUCUCGAGGUCGCGACGAUGAGGCCACUUUGAGCUGUAUAUUGAUCAUGGUUAACGCCUGCCGCAAGACGAUGGACCCAGACGAGGAUAUAUGGAAAGAAAUGCUUCCUGACACGCGGAAAGACGCCAAGAAUACUGGACAGCACAAGAGUGACGACAGAUCACUACUGAAAGCUUCGAAACUGUUCUCCGAUCUCUCCUCAAAUCCCGAACAGAGACUUGAAAGCCUGUGUCAAAACAUGUUUGAAUUGGCUGCCACCGAUGUCGAGGAAGCAGUGGAUCUAGGCAUUGCCUAUCUCCGUAUCAACUAUGAGAUAGACGCUUUAUCUUCAAAGUGCAGAUCCCAUCAAAGGUCAAUGGCCCGAAAGACACCUUGA